UUUGUUAAACACCUUUCACCUCUGUGUUCCUGGAAAAAUAGAUAUAACAAAGAGGAAAGAGCUAAAGAGGGAACCCAUUUGAAGGACAUAUCUAGAGAUAAUGUUCCAAAAUAGUUUAGUAGCAAAUAGAGUCACCAACUCAAAGAAAUUCAAAACAAAACAGGAAAAACAUUCAUACUUCCUUCUGAGAAUCAUAUCAAAGCAUUCUUCCUGCUAGUUAAAUGACCCUGACAUUGUCUUGGUCAGGUCACCGUCUCAAUACUGAUGGUCUGUAUAAAUAUGAUUAAGUCAGCUGCUGCCCAGUGUCACUCUGUCACAGCCAUGGCUCUGUCCACUCUUCACCUCACUGCGCUUUGCUUUGCGCUUCUGCUCUGUCUGAUUGGUGGAGCACAGACUGAGGUUCCGCCCAGUUGCUUGGCCUCGGCUGGUGUCCCUGGCAACCCUGGACACAAUGGGCUCCCAGGCAGAGAUGGCAGGGAUGGAAAAGAUGGGAGAGAAGGAGUUUCAGGACCCAAGGGGGACAGAGGAGACCCAGGUGUGCCAGUCCCAGGACUGCCGGGUAAGAUGGGUCCUGCUGGGCCAAAAGGUUCUAAAGGAGAGAAUGGGGUGAUGGAAAUACCAGAGUCUGCUGAUGUUUUGAUGAAGUCCUUAAAGACAGAUAUUCAGACUAUGGGAUCCAGAUUGUCUACUGUAGAAAAAGCCAUGGGCUUCCGCAUCAUCAGGAGAGUAGGAAUGAAAUAUUAUGUGACUGAGGGGUUGCAAGACGAUUUUGAUGCUGGUCUGAGAUUCUGCAGAGAUGCUGGAGGUGAUCUUGUGUUGCCCAAAAAUGAAGAGGAGAACAACGUUCUUGUGAAGAUGCUACAAGUGUUAGAGGCGCCAAUAGGGUGGAUAAGGACAACAGACAGGAAGACUGAAGGGAUCUUCCUGGACACAGAUAACAGCACCCUGAGCUUCACUAAAUGGAAACCAGGAGAGCCCAAUGAUCAUAACAAUAAUGAGGACUGUAGUAUGGUCUAUACAGCCACAGGCCUCUGGAAUGAUAUUCUCUGUGAUAGAAAAUACCACAUAGUAUGUGAAAUAAGCUAAAGAACAACAAUGCACUGCUGAUUUAGCUUGAUUGCUGUGUUAGCCAAAGAGUUAACGACUAUCCUGUUUGUCUCAGUAGCGGAGGGGAUUUUCUAAGUUAUGCAUCCUAUUAAUGUUAUAAUGCUAUUCCACCUUUUGAGUGACUUUGUUAAUUUCAGUGUCUGACCCACUAAGAUGUCAAGAAAUUAUCCGAUUUAUGUUAAAAUUAAAAUUAUAUUUACACAGGCUCACUUAUUUAAUCAAAAUUCAUGUUAGAGGACAAACAAAAAAUAUUAAUUUAAUAGAGCAAUAUUUCUAACUUUGUUGUCAUAUUUAUAUCUAUCCUUAUAUGGUGACAUACAAUUUUUUGGUGUCAAGAAUAGAGGUAAACAGUGUAUUGAUCAUUGUGUAAAUCCUAAUUAUUCACUUCAACAUUGCACAGCUGCUAAUGGGAUCACACAGAUGCAGUAGCAGUGGGAAAAUCUGUUUCUUUUUUUGCUAGAUUAUUAAUUGCAAGUAGGUUUGUAUUAUGAUCCCAGUGUUUAAGCCCUGUGUAUGUGUAUUGAUCAUUUAAUGAAAAUAAAAACCAAAAAGUUCA